GGAGGAGGACACUCCUACAGAGAUCAGCACAGGACACACCAUUAAGGAACCUUCGGAGGAUCAUCUCACUUUACCUCCAGGUUUUAAAAUGAAAGAGGAGGACAUCACAAGAGACUGUGCAGGAGACAAGACAAUGUGCUCAGCUGUAGACGGUGGACUUCACAGUGUAUAUAUACUAUCAAAUCCCUCUGACCCUGAGCAACCUUUGAGUGUUGGUGUCGGAAUUCAGGGGGAGGAGAAGUUUUCCUGUCCGGAAUGUGGGGAAUGUUUUAGCUCUGAAUUAAGCCUUACUAUACAUCAGAGAUCUCACAUGGGUGAGAAGGUUCAUUCCUGUUCUGAGUGCGGGGAAUGUUUCCUUCUUAAAUCAGAACUCAUCAUACAUUUCAGAGCUCACAUGGGCGAGAGGCCAAAUUCUUGCUUUGAGUGCGGGAAAUGUUUUACACGGAAAUCAAUUCUUGAUAGACAUCUAAGAUCUCACACAGGGGAGAAGCCGUAUCCUUGCCCUGAAUGUGGGAAAUGUUUUAUACAGUUAUCAAAUCUAUUUAGACAUCAGAGAUCUCACACAGGGGAGAAGCCGGAUUCCUUCCCUGAGUGCACAAAAUUUAUUUUACAGAAUAAAAGCCUUGUUAGACACCAGGGAUUACAUACAGGGGAGAAGCCACAUUCUUGCCCUGACUGCGGGAAAUGUUUUACAUGGAAUUCAAACCUUGUUAGACAUCAGAGAUGUCACACAAGGGAGAAGCCGUAUUCUUGCCCUGAGUGUGGGAAUCGCUAUUCACAGAAAAUACACCUUGUUCUACAUGUGAGAUCUCACACAGGAGAGAAGCCAUAUUCCUGCCCUGAGUGCGAGAAAUGUUAUGCACGAAAACAACACCUUGUUAGACACCUGAGAUCUCACACUGGGGAAAAGCCGUACUCUUGCCCUGAGUGUGGGAAAUGUUUUUCACGGAAAACUCAUCUUGUUAGACAUCAAAGAUCUCACAGAGUUGUGUAGGGAUGAGUUUAACAUUUCUGGCUUCAGCUCCUGGGAGGUUCACCGAACUGCUCUUAAGUUCAGAAUUUCAAUCUGAACCCCAUUAAAGUCAAUAGGAGCAGAAUUUUUCAAAUCAGUUCAGGCCAAUAUGUGGGCUGGCUCCACUUUCACUGGCUUUAGGCCUACAGGGUUUCUGGGCUACGCCAGGCAGUAGGAGGGGGUCACUUGCCCUGCACAAGGGUACAUUCUGUGUGUGCACGUACUCACCAAUGCCCGGGACUGGGUGGAGGCCGCGUUCAGAUAAAAUCAACCUUAAGGCAGCCGCUGACUUAGAGAUGAGCCAUGCACAGUGUGCAGAAUAAACUGUACUGAGUUCCUCUGUGACGUGCUGCAUCCCAUGUCACUAUACUGUAACUGUUGCAUUUAGGAGGAACUCUGCUGAGCCCAUGUCCUCUCCACUCAUGCAAUGUACUUCUGUCAGCUCACUCCCAGUGACAGUAUGGGGCCCCACCGAGCACCUUGCAUGGACCCCAUGCAUGCUCUUCCUGGUUCUCUUUCUCUCUCCCAUACCAUGUUUUUAGGCUAAGGGUCUCCAUAAUGGGAUGACGCUCUAGAGGUCGCAGACGAAGGAGAAUCUUGUCU